GGGCGCCGGCGUCGCUUCGUGCUGUCCCGGCAAGGUCGCCGGGUCGCGAAGACUCGGCGUCAUCGUCCUGUCGGUCCGUGCGGCUCGAUCCCGUUUGUUCUAAGCGAAGAGAUCGAGAACAUGUCGGGGUUCACACCGGACGAGAAGCUGCGGCUGGAGCAGCUGCGCGUGCUGAGGAGGCAGUGGCUGAAGGACCAAGAGCUGAGCCCCCGGGAGCCCGUACUGCCCCCGCAGAAGUCCUGGUUCGGCUUCUGGGAUAGCUUCCAGCACAGCCAGUCGGCCUGGAAGAGAUUUACUGUAAAAGCAUGUCGAAAUGGAAUGUUCUUUUUUACGACUUUCCUUAUACCAGCCUGGGUUAUUCACUAUUAUGUCAAAUACCAUGUACAAACAAGGCCAUAUGGCAUCGUUGAUAAGAAACCUAGAAUAUUUCCAGGUGAUAAAAUUCUAGAAACUGGAGAAGUGAUUCCACCAUUGAAAGCUGAUGAUGUACAUGAUUAUCAUUAAAAACAAUUCUUAAUCCAGAAACUUAUGGAUCCGUAUUUUGUUUCUGUACCAGUAUGUCUACUGAAAAUAUUUUCUGUAAAAGCAACUUAAUAAAAUCUACUCUUUAAAUAA